AUGAAAGCGACGAUAUGCUGGGUGUGUGUCGAUGUACCACAAAAAUGUUUGACGGUAGCACGGUGUCGUUUUUUUUAUGAAUUUACAUUUAUGGGAGAACGUGGUUAUGACUCAUUGAAAAAUUUAAUGAAAACAGGCAAUGAUAUUUGUAUUGAGGCAGCAAAAUGUUUUCAAGAAAGAUAUGAUAUGGAAUUAGUUUACGCAACUGCAUUAAGUAAAAAUAGUGAAAAACUGAAAAAAAUUGCAACGAAAUCACAGGGCUCAGUCGCCAAUGCUUUUCAUCAGUUAUCUGUCCAAACCAAUGUGGAAUCGGACGCUCAUAAACAAUUAGCAAAUACAAUAUCAAAAGAUAUCUCAUUACCAAUGAAAACUUUAGCCGAAACACAGUCAAGAGCUAGAAAAACCAUUGAAGAUGGUUUGAAUUCCAAAUUUAAAGCAUGGAGAGAUCAAAAAGAUACGGAUAAAAAAUAUCGUGGACGUUCAUUUGAAAAAUGCAAAGAAAUCGAAUCAUUAUUUUUAAAAAUGGAUGAAAUUCCAAAAUCGACAAAAAAUUCAGUGAAAGAUGUAUCAAAAAUGGAAUCAUCGUUAAGAAAAACUCAAGAAGAUUUAGAUCGCACUGAGAGAAAAUAUCAUGAGGCUACCCGAGAGGUAGAAGUUGCACGACAAGCUUGUGAUAGUGAAAUGUGUAAGGCGUGUGAUCAAAUGGAACAAAUGGAAAAAGAAAGAAUAGAAGAAACGAGUAAAUUUGUUCAAUUAUAUGCUCAAAGUACGCUAAUAUUAACAGAUAAGAUGAUUAAAUUAUCAAAAGAAUUAUCAGAUUUAAGAAUAAUUCCACAAGACGAUAUCAUAUCUGCAAUUAAGCAAUACAACGUGAACGUACCGGAAUCAGAAAUAUUGUUAUAUGAUAUUUAUGCAGAAAAUGAACAUAAUGCAAUGAGUCAAGAACGACGAUUAAAAAGUUUAUUGCAUUGGAUGCAAAUAUUAAGAAAUGAUUUAGAAAUACAACGAAAAUCGAAAGAUGGUAUUGAAUCAUUGCAUGGUUUUUGUCGUCAAAAUCAAAAUUUUUCAUCAAGUGUCAAUUCAGAUCAAAUUCAUUUUAACAGACGAAGUGUGGAAUUAUUGCAUUGUUUAUUUGAAGCCAGUUUAUUUAAAAUGGAAACAGUUUAUAACCGUUUAACUGGUGGACAAAAACCAUAUUUCAAAGAUGAACAACGUCUUACAACUACUUUUAUGAAAGAUGGUCAUCCAACUACAAUGUUAAGAAUUCCAUAUAAAUCGAUCAAUCAACCGCCAACUGCUCCACUAGAAUUAAUGAGCAGAAUUCCUAUUGUACCAGCACCACCACAGCCUCUUCACAUAACAUUAUCAAUGCAAUCAAUGGACACUUCUCAACAUCAACAUCAUCACUCAGCUGAUUCGCAUCGUUCAGCGCCACCACCCAUUGGUUUUAUUAAUCCACCGCACACAUCAGCUGGCUAUCCACAACUUUCCAAUCAUUCCGGAACACAUGCACAUACAGUGGCUCACAAUUAUGAUACUGAUAGAAAUCGUCAUCAACUAAUUGCAUCCAACACACCACCUUACCCACUCACAGCCAUGACCACACCGCGUUCUUCGACAAGACUACAACGCGUUCGAGUCAAUUAUGAUUAUACAGCACGUGCAGAUGAUGAAAUCAGUAUUAACUCUGGUGAUAUAAUUACUGUACUUGAAAAACGUCCUGAUGGUUGGUACAGAGGCGAAUUAGGCGGUCAAGUUGGUUUAUUUCCAGGCAAUUUUGUCGAAGAAAUUUAA